GCAUUUAUACACAUGUGCGAAACUCGCCAAAGCGCGACACUCCCCACAUGCAGGCUCGCAGAGCGCCGAAGUGAACAGGGUAGUGCGGCGAUCUGUCUGUUCUCCAAUCUCUAUACACCACAAGAAUCUCCAAACAACAACAACCACACCACACACAGAGACACCAGCCGUGGAUAAAAUACUGCAUAUAAGGAUCAGGGAUCCGACAAUUUUUGAGCUGGAACUCGCUGAAGAAAAUGUCGACUUCAGUACUGUCUUCCAUUUACGACUUGGACCUGUUGUACAGGCAGGAGAAAAGCCAAGGCUCUAACGCAGUGCACCUGAACAAUGUGUUGGAUAGGAGAACCGUAGGGAUCCCGCUCUCUACCUCCAAUAAAAACAAUAACAGGUUCAACGCGGGAGGUUACUUCCGGGCCAACUCUAUCAGCCACAUGGACUCCAUCAGCGGUGGCAAGGAGAGCCCUACACCAGCAUACAUGAAUAAAGAGAACAAGUUCCGCGACCGCGCCUUUAGCGAGACAGGAGAACGAGGUCAGCAGCAACUGCAGGAAAUGCUCCAGCCCAAGCCUGGUUCUCAGAUCAACUCGACUCGCUAUAAAACCGAGCUGUGCAGGCCUUUUGAGGAAAACGGCUCGUGCAAGUACGGCGAGAAGUGCCAGUUUGCGCACGGCUACCACGAACUGCGCAAUCUCUCCCGCCAUCCCAAGUACAAGACCGAGCCGUGCCGCACCUUUCACACCAUCGGGUUCUGUCCCUACGGCCCGCGGUGCCACUUUAUCCACAACGUGGACGAGCGCCGAACCGCGCCGGGCGCGCAGCUGAGACUCCAGCGGGGCGAGGGCGCACUUCCGCCCGAAAGAGACACCGCACCGUUUUUCACGCACAAGGACCGACCCAGGUUGCACCACAGCCUGAGUUUCUCCGGCUUCUCGAGCUCGCACGGCGCCACGACCGACAGCCCCACGUCUCGCACGCCGCCGCCGCCCACUUCCUGCGCGCUCUCGUUCUUCGAGGACUCACUGGCUCCGAGUCCGCACUGCCUAAGCGCGUUCUCGAUUCCCGAGCAGGACCUCAAGGCUUUCCUCACCCCUUUAAUCCCGCACGCCCAAAGCGCUUUCAGCGGGCAGGCCUCGUACGGGCCGCAACCUUCGCCCCCUUUCACAGUGAGCUCGUUGGCGCCAGUGCGCCUGAUCUCCGACUCCCCGCCGGUGUUUGACUCCCCGCCAAGCCCCCUGGACUCCCUCUCGGACCCGGAGAGCUUCGUCAGCGGCUCCCGCUGUUCGUCCGGCACGAUCAGUGGCUCCGAGUCUCCAAGCCUGGAUUCAAACAGGCGUCUGCCAAUUUUCAGCAGGCUGUCUAUCUCAGACGACUAAUUAUUAUUAUUAUUAUUAUUAUUAUUAUUAUUUUGUUGUUAUUAUUAAUCACAGAAGGUGUUUUUUUAAGCAGGUCACUCCAAGCUUGAGGUUUUUAAAAGCCAACAAAAAUAAAAAAAAGAAGGUGCCUUAAAAUCUAGCUAAAGGGUCUAAUCAAGGGCUUCUGUUUUUGUCCGAUAAAGUAGCUACGUCGGAAAAAAAAACACGUGAGAUGUGCCUUGUAAUUUCGUUUUGUAUUUUUAGCGCCCCCACAUGGCGCGUGUCAGUCAGUGCAGUUUUUGCUGCUGAUGGAAUGUCGCUGCAUUUAUUUUUGCGGUUUUAAGUGCUACCAUUGCGCUUUGCUACAUGCUAUGAAAUCUAUUUAACUUAUUUAUUGUCAUGUGAAAAGUAUGGCCUCUGUGUCUAAAUUGAGUCCAUGUAGUAUUUAUCAGGUCUAAAGCAAUACAUUUAUAUUUCUUCUUAAAUUAUGAUUAUGAUCUCCAUUGAUAAUCUGGAAUCACUUGUGUUUUGUUUUUUUCUCUCUCACAAUAAUAUAUUUUUGUUAUGUUUGGGGAUUGUAUGUGUUGUAAAUAAGUUAAUUUAUAAAUUGUAUGCUAUUUAUUUCAGUUUUGUUUACGACGUGUUUAAAAGAAUGGGAGCAUCUAAAGAGGCCUCAUUUCUAUUUUCUUUUCUUUUUUUUGAGAGGCGAACAGAGGAUCUCUGGGCAUUUGAGUUGUAUAGGAUGUAUAAGAUUCUUUACAAGGUGUAACAUUUAACUAGCCUGUCACAAUUCAAACCAUCAAAAAACAUAGGGACAGUAGAGACAACCAAAUAAAAAAAAACUUUGCACAUAGUUGCAAUAUUUCAGUCAAGUGCCAGAGAAUGUAGCAGUCACUUAUGUCGAUGUUAACUUUCUAAAAUGUGCCUAUGUAGUAAAUGAUCUCGCAUUCAAGUUGGAUCAGCCUAACUACGGAUGAUGUUUUAGUGCCUAUGUCAAGGAAAAUUCAGUUGAAUGUAGCUUUUGUUUAUAUAGAUCGAGAUUACAUACAAUGAUUUUGACUAUUUAAAUGCUUUUAUUCAUCUACAAUUGUUUUUGUUUUGGAUAAUUGUGAAUACACCAUUCCUUAUAAUAAGAGUAAAGUAAACACAGUAUUUUGACUUCAUAUAGAUGAACUAAACUUGCUGGUCGGGGAAGCAUUUUGAAAAUGUUGUGUAAUGUAGUUAACUUGUAAUGAUCAGUUGGACUACUUGGAUUGGAAGUGAAAAAAAAAAAACAGUUUGAAUGUACAGACAGGUCAGGUUUGAAUCAUGAGGGACUGUGUAUGCAGAGGCGUAAAUUUGUACUUUGAAAUAUUUUACACCGAUAUCCUAAUAAAAAAAAAAACCCUUUUAAAUAAAAA